CUCCCUAUUCCCCCAAGUCUCAACCGACUAACCGAGUGAAGAAAAACUCCGUCUGAUUAAAUUACGCAGUUGAGUUAUUUAGAAAUCUAGGGCUCCGUCUAAUUUCAAUUUCGAGCAUAAACGAGAGAAACAAGCAAAGCACUUAACAACUACAACAACAAAUACAAACCAAAUUUAUAAUUCCGCUAAACAAUGGUGUGCGAAAAGUGUGAAAAGAAGUUAGCGAAGGUGAUAGUUCCAGAUAAAUGGAAAGCAGGCGCCAGCAACACCAACGAAAGCGGUGGCCGCAAGAUCAAUGAAAACAAGCUCCUCUCCAAGAAAACCAGAUGGACUCCUUAUGGAAACACUAAAUGCAUCAUUUGCAAGCAGCAAGUACACCAGAAUGGCAAGUAUUGUCAUACUUGUGCUUAUAGUAAAGGUGUAUGUGCUAUGUGUGGUAAACAAGUGCUGGAUACCAAGCAUUACAAGCAAAGUAAUGUAUGAUGCUUAUUGGACUCAUCUCGGGGUGAUAUUCUGAGCUCUUUCCAUCAUUGUUGCAGAAAAAUGCUUUUGUGUAUAUGUACUAUCAACUAAUUUUCCAUUAAAUAGGGGAGGUGAUUAAAGAUUUGAUAUCAAAUCUGGAAAAAAAAACAAUGUAUUUUGCUAAUUGAAUUUAACUUGCAAUUUCUUAAAUAGCUAACUCUUGAAAAGUCAA